CAAACACUGUCUGUGCUUCCACACUCAUCGUUUUUUGGAGUCAAAGGGACCCCUAUAACCAGAGCAAACGAGGCCAAUGGUUUGAGGACUAACCAAUUUUGUGCAAAAUAAGGAACAGUAACACAUCAGGGGGCUGAAAGGAAACCUUUCUCAGCAUCUGAAAGGAGCACAAAGGGAAAAUCAUGAAGAAGUCAAAGCAGGUGGUGAGUGAGAAUGAGCCUCCAAGCUAUCAGGAAGCAACUGCAGGCUAUCCCGAGAUGGAGGCCCAGUUUGCCUGGGAUGAUAAGAUCAUCAGGAGGACUUUCAUCAGAAAGGUUUAUGCCAUCCUCAUGCUCCAGUUGUUUGUGACUGUCGGGAUUGUUUGUCUCUUCACAUUUUGCGCACCUGUGAGGUUUUACAUUCAGACUAACCCCAGCUUGUACAUGGCAUCUUACAUCAUGUUUUUCGCAACCUAUAUUGCACUGUCCUGCUGUGGAGAUCUGAGGAGGCAGUUCCCCUGGAACAUCAUUCUUUUAGUUCUUUUUACUUUGAGCAUGGCCUUCAUGAUGGGGUUUGUUUCUAGCUUCUACAACACAAAGUCUGUGAUGCUGUGUCUGGGAAUCACAGCUCUGGUGUGUCUGUCUGUCACCCUGUUCAGCUUCCAGAGCAAGAUUGAUGUAACGUCCUGCCAGGGUGUGCUGUUCUCUCUGUGUAUUGCCAUGCUUCUCUGUGCCAUUACCAUCUCCAUUGUCGUCCCCUUCGGAUAUGUUCCUUGGUUACAUGCCAUCUAUGCAGUGAUAGGAGCCAUCCUCUUCACUCUGUUUUUGGCUUUUGACACACAGCUGCUCCUAGGAAACAAGCGCUACUCUAUCAGUCCAGAGGAAUAUGUUUUUGCCACACUCAGCCUCUACCUGGACAUCAUUUACCUGUUCAGCUUCCUGCUGCAGCUCAUGGGAAACGGCCAUGAUUGAAGAAUGCUUUCCAGGGCAGUAUUUGAAAGCUUGGCUUCAAUCCCAGCAGCAGAAUUAAAUCAUAAAUAUCUAACUCUUAAUCGGAUCAGAUUCUUGAGCAGUCUAUUGCUUUUUAAAGUUUCUUCGUGUAUUCCAGUUAUACAUUCAUGCUGCUGGUUUGUACUCUACAUUACCCCUGGGAAACAUUUUAUAUUUGAUCGGUGCUCUCUGUCCCCAUGUUUAGAUGUUUAGGAAUUGAUGUGUGGGUUCAGUGUAUCAGCCCCAGUCCUACUGUAUAUGUUUGAGCAUUGACAAUCAGAGCUGACUUAUUGGCUCCAUUAGUAUCUAAACAUCUCUAAACCUGUAGUUUAGAUUCAGUAAAUCUGCCAUGGUACGCUAGUCUUUUUGAUUCAGUUGAGUUUAUUUAUUAAUUAGUUUUAAAAGCAGUAUAUAGAUUCCCCUUUAUACCUGUUUUUGCAUUGCGAAUCAUUUCAGAUGGUGUGCUUUGUGUUUUGUAAGCAUGAACUGCAUGCGUAUAACACAGAUUCCAAAUGAACACUGAUAUUUUCUGGACAAUACUUAAUCGGGGAAACCUCAAAUUGCAUAUUUUAAUUGAAAAGUGAACAAACACCAACCACAAACGGAAAAUGUGUGUAUAGUGUGUCACAGUGCUUUUAACCGAUUAGAUCUUCAUUUGAAUCUAACUUUUGAAUUGUGGCCUUUUAGGUGUGAUAGGAUGGAGUUUUUUUUUCUUCAGAUUAAUGACUUGUCUAAGCAUAAGGAAGGUUCUGUGUAGUGAAUAAAAACAUGGAAUGCAACAAUUUUUUCUACAAACCAAAAGCUGUGUACAUGUAAUUCUGACUACACUAAAAACCUGACUCAUGAAAUACAUUGAAUGCUUUAUGUGCAUAGUAAAAA